GCGGCGGCGCCGAGAGGGCUGUGUGCGUCGGGGGCGUGCUGUGGGAGGGGGGAAGAGUAGCCCUGGGGAAUGAGGUAAGGCCGGGCCCCGCAGCGGUCCCACCGAUUCUGCGCCAAGAGGCCGCGGGCGGCUGCUGCGAACCGGGGCCGCCCCGCCCUCCGCUCGGCCGCUUGGCACUUGGGGGCCCCGUAAAGUCCUCCCCGCGCCGGCGUUGACCCCUCCACCACCUCUGCUUCCCGAGCACCGCCUAGCUCCCCGCCCGGCCCGCGCCGUCGCUGCAGUCCCUCGGGGUCCUUUUGGAUACACCCUCGACUCUGUCCGCACCCCUCACGCCUGUGGGCCCGGGGUCGACCUUUGCGCUCCUCGCGUCCCAACUCUCCGCUGGGGAAGGGUCCCCACGCCCCUUUCCUCCAGUGCUGGCGCCCGCCCGGAGCCCCGCCCCCAUUUGCCCCGCCCCUCAGGCCCCGCCCUCCGUUGCCCCGGGAACCGCGGAUCCCAGUAGCUGCAGGAGGCGCCCGGCCCAGCCAAGCAGCCCUCGCCGCCACCGCCGCCGCUCCCGCCGCCACCGCCGCCGCGCCCCAGCUCCGGCUUCCGCUCCCGCGCCCACUCGGUCGGCCAUGCCGCCCCGCCGCGCCCCGGCGCCCGGUGCGCAGCUGUUGCCCACGUCGGCCCUGCUGCUCCUGCUGCUCGGCGCGGAGCCCCGCAGCGGCUGCCUGGCCAGCCCGGUGCCCGCCGCGCCCCUGCCCGCGCCCGGGCCGUGCGCCGCCCAGCCCUGUCGGAACGGGGGCGUGUGCACCCCGCACCCGGCGCCUGGCCCGCAGUCCCCAGCCCCUGCCGGCGAGCCCGGCUACAGCUGCACCUGUCCCGCCGGGGUCUCUGGCGCCAACUGCCAGCUCGUGGCAGAUCCUUGUGCCAGCACCCCUUGUCACCAUGGCAACUGCAGCAGCAGCAGCAGCAGCAGGGGGGGCUACCUCUGCAUUUGCAAUGACGGCUAUGAAGGUCCCAACUGUGACCAGGCACUGCCAUCCUCCCCUGCCUCCGGCUGGACCGAGUCCAUGGCCCCCAGGCAGCUGCAGCCUGUCCGCACCCAGGAGCCCGACAUCAUCCUGCCCCGCUCUCAGGCCACCGUGACCUUGCCUACCUGGCAGCCCAAACGGGGCAGAAAGUGGGACUCAAUUGAUGUGGUCCCAGAUAUUGCCUGUGGGAAUGCCAGUUCUAACAGCUCUGCGGGAGGCCGCCUGGUGUCCUUUGAAGUGCCACAGAACGCCUCAGUCAAAAUUCGGCAAGAUGCCACUGCCUCGCUGAUUUUGCUGUGGAAAGUCACGGCCACGGGAUUCCAACAGUGCUCCCUCAUCGAUGGACGGAGUGUGACUCUCCUGCAGGCCCCCGGGGGCCUGGUCCUCUUGGAGGAGAUGCUCGCCCUGGGACACAACCACUUCAUCGGUUUUGUGAAUGAUUCUGUUACUAAAUCUAUUGUGGCUUUGCGCUUAACUCUGGUGGUGAAGGCCAGCACCUGUGUAUCAGGGGAGAGCCAUGCAAAUGGCCUGGAAUGUUCUGGAAAAGGAGAAUGUACCACGAAGCCAUCCGAGGCAACUUUUUCCUGUACCUGUGAGGAUCAGUACGUGGGUACUUUCUGUGAAGAAUUUGAUGCUUGCCAGAGGAAGCCAUGUCAGAAUAACGCCAGCUGUGUGGAUGCAAAUGAGAAGCAAGAUGGGAGCAAUUUUACCUGCGUCUGCCUUGCUGGUUAUACUGGAGAGCUUUGCCAAUCCAAGAUUGAUUAUUGUAUCUUAGACCCAUGCAGAAAUGGAGCAACGUGUGUUUCUAAUCUCAGUGGAUUCACCUGCCAGUGUCCAGAAGGAUACUUCGGCGCGGCCUGCGAGGAAAAGGUGGACCCGUGCUCCUCGUCCCCAUGCCAGAACAAUGGGACCUGCCACGCGGACGGCCUGCAUUUCAGCUGCAGCUGCAGCUCGGGCUUCACGGGGCCAGCGUGCGCCCAGCUCGUGGACUUCUGCGCGCUCAGUCCCUGCGCGCACGGCACUUGCCACAGUGUGGGCACCAGCUAUAAAUGCCUUUGUGACCCAGGUUACCACGGCCUCUACUGUGAGGAAGAAUAUAACGAGUGCCUCUCUGCCCCUUGCCUGAACGCCGCCACCUGCAGGGACCUCGUUAACGGCUAUGAGUGCGUGUGUCUGGCUGAAUACAAAGGAAUACACUGUGAAUCGUACAAGGACCCCUGCGCUAACGUCAGCUGUCUGAAUGGAGGCACCUGUGACAGUGAGGGUCUAAAUGGCACCUGUGUCUGCACACCCGGGUUUACAGGUGACGAGUGUGACAUUGACAUAAAUGAAUGUGACAGUAACCCCUGCCAUCACGCCGGCACCUGCCUGGACCAGCCCAAUGGUUACACCUGCCACUGCCCCCACGGCUGGGUGGGUUCAAACUGCGAGAUCCAUCUCCAGUGGAAGUCGGGCCACAUGGCGGAAAGUCUCACCAACAUGCCCCGGCACUCCCUGUACAUCAUCAUCGGGGCCCUCUGCGUGGCCUUCAUCCUGAUGCUGAUCAUCCUCAUUGUGGGCAUUUGCCGCAUCAGCCGCAUCGAGUACCAGGGCUCCUCCAGGCCAGCCUACGAGGAGUUCUAUAACUGUCGUAGCAUUGACAGUGAGUUCAGCAACGCCAUCGCCUCCAUCCGGCAUGCCAGGUUUGGAAAGAAAUCCCGACCCGCGAUGUAUGACGUGACCCCCAUCGCCUACGAGGACUACAGCCCCGAUGACAAACCCCUGGUCACACUGAUCAAAACAAAAGAUUUGUAAUCUUUUUUGGGGGAUUAUUUUUCAAAAAGAUAGGAUACUGCCCUCAUUUAAAUAUUUUUAAGAAAAUAAAAAGCUUAAGAAAUUUGAAAUGGUAGCUGCGCAAAAGUUUUCGGGAGAAUAUCAAGGAACUAAUUUUCUGCAGCUUUUAGUUUGGAAAAAAUAUUUUAAAAAAACACGAAAUUUGUGAAACCCAUAGACUACGUUUUAAUGUACUUUCAGCUCUUUAAACUGUAUGCUUUGACUAGUGUGUGCUGUCCCCAUGGUAGAUGCCGUCAGGAAACGCAGCUGGCUUUCUGUGGCUGUUGCAGAGAGUAAGUCUAAUUGAGGAGAAGUUUCCAUGUGAUGUGUGAGUGCCGGCUUUCUGAGUAGUUAGGAAACACAUGUAGAGUAUGACCCAUAUAACAGUAUACCCGUUAACCUAAACGAAGUCUGAAAUGUUUUGUUUCGUGAAUCAGAAACUAGUUGCAUUUACUAUUCCUAACCCGAUUGAAAUUAGCCUUUGCCUUAUUCUGUGCAUGGGUAAGUAACUUAUUUCUGCACUGUUUCGUUGAACCUUGCGGAAAUGUUCUCUUGAGUUCGUUCUUGUCAUUUUCGUAACAGUCGUCAAGACAGGCCUUGAAAUCGUGCAGCGAGAGGGCCUCGUGAGGCAAAUUACGACCGCACCGAAUCUAUAUUUCCUUUUAGGAGUCAAGGUUUUUAUAUUGUGAGUAAAUUAAAUUUACAUUGGCGUUGUUUGUUGCUAAGAGGUAGUCAGUAUAAGAGAGUACUAGUUCCGUAGUGAGUAUUUCUCAUAGUGCAUCUUUAUUUAUAUCCAGGACAUGUUUGUGGCUGUAUUGCAUUGAUAUGUGCUUCUUCUGAUUCUUGCUAAUUUCACAGAAUAUUGAAUAAAUGUACCAAGUCCAGGAUGCA